AUGAGGAAGGUUCAUUUGGCUACAGCACUGAGAACGGGUACUGCACGCUGUUCUCAAAUGGCAAGCACACUGAUUUCCAUCGUAAUCGUGGCAGCUUUGCUGUACUCCUGUUCCUGUGAAGAAGAACCCAAAGGGUUCGACGAUACCGAGUGUGGCAAGAACGAAAGGAUGCCUAUUCGCUCCGCCAGGAUGCCAACAGAAGAAAAACUGCCUGAUCAGCUUUAG